GCCAGGGACGAGCAAUUCCAAUAGAACUGAACGGCGCCGCCAUGUUCGACUCGGCAUCCAGCGCUCUAACACAUCCAUGGUUGUUAGGCAGGUUGUCAGGGGCAGCGCUCCAGCCCGGUUAGCUAACAGCAGAUUAAGGGACUCUGGUUAAUGAUGACAUAUUUAUUCAUUCAAUAAAACGACUGGUGGCAUAGUUGUUUUUUUCUCUCGCAGCUGCCUUGUUGCCCUGGGUAACUGCAGGGUGGACAGCGUCGGUUUGCCCCGUAGCUAGCUAGGUUCGCUAACGUUAUCAAUUAAAGCAGACGUGAAGUGAAAGUCAUUGACGUUCUCCUGCUUCCCACUGCGACCGACAUGCAGUCGUUUGGCGAGGAGAUGGAAGACGCUCAGGACGACUUCAUGGAGCAGGAGGAAUCAGACGGCGGCGACGAACCGCCGUCGUCUCUGUUCAAGCCCCCCGGUCGCUCCACUCGAGUGAACAUCCAGAGGAGCAAUGUCUGCUCGCGGGCUUACUUCGUCGUGGUCAUGGUCUUCUUCCAUGUGUACAUCGUGAACGUCAUCGGCCUGCUGCUCUACGUGCACUACAACAACGGACCCGGGGACCCCGGAGGUCGGGACGGGGGCCCCGCCUCGGCACCGGGGAGCGAGAGUGGCAGCUCCCUGCCGCAUUCGGCCCCAGCUCCGAGCGAGCUGCGUGUGGACGACUACAGGCAAAGUUUCAGUCUGCCUCGCAUCGAGGGGAUACGGGUGGGACAUGUUCAGCAGGUGUCCCUUGUGCCAGACAGAACCCACCAGAUGAUGACGCUGAGCUUGAAACCGCUGCUGUUCGAGAUCCCUGGCUUCCUGUCAGAGGAGGAGUGCCGUGUGGUAGUGCAGCUGGCUCAGCUCAAGGGUCUGAUGGAGAGCCAGAUACCAUCUCCCAGCCAGGCACAGGAAGAGUCAAACCAACCACUACUUUCUCUCAGCACAGAGGAGGUCUUCAGUCUAUUGGACCUUGACCAGGACGGGCUGCUGCAGAAGCAGGAGAUUGUUAGUCACUCACGUUCUCGAGAUGGAACUUGGUUGAGUCCAGACAACUUACAGCAGAUACUCACUGGUCUGGAACGUCGCCCAGCAGGGUUGCUGACCUUGGAAGAAUUUAGGCGUGUUUAUGAUGUGUCACAACGCCCAGGACAACAACGGAGUGGGAAGCUCCGGAGUCAGUUCAAACAGAGAAACAAACAUACGUGGCUUUACCAAGGCCUGGGAUCCCACCACGUGCUGCAAACACUCAGGAACAGAGUAAUAAGUCUGACACGUCUGCCCUCUGCAUUGGUUGAACUGAGUGAGCCACUGCAGGUGAUCCGCUACGAGCACAGAGAUUUCAGUAAUGCCCACCACGACAGCAGCCGCUCGCAUUCACAGACAACAUGUGCACACACGCGUCUGGCAGGAAACACAACUGCACUCUCAGAGGUCUCUUGCAGGUAUCUCACUGUAUCGUUCUACCUCAGCUCUGCAGAGGAAGGUGGCGAGACCACCUUUCCUGUGGCAGACAAUCGUACCUAUGAGGAGCAGGCACUGGUCCAGGAUGGACUUGACUUGACGGACACCCAGGAAACAUGUGGCCGAGGGAACCUGAGAAUAAAACCAGCUGCUGGCACAGCACUCCUCUGGUACAACCAUCUCUCUGAUGGGAGAGGUUGGAUGGGCGAGUUAGAUGAGUAUUCCCUGCACGGCGACUGCCCAGUCAGGCACGGGGUGAAGUGGGCGGCCAACAGCUGGGUAAAUGUGGACCCAGAUCAUCAGAUGCAGGCCCGCUACCAGAGAAUAGUUGCUCAGAGGCAUCGAGCCAAGUCGACCCUGGAGGAGCACCACCAACCCCUAUCACACAGUGACCUCCACCAAGAUCUAUAGCCAGGCCUUUUUAAUGACGACAAGCAACCAUCAUCAAAACUUGGUCAGUCUUGCAUCUACGGAUCCAUAGAGGCCUGAAAUAACUUUCCACAAUGUCGGACGCUGUAGUUGAAAUGAAAAUUGCACAGCAUAGCAUCCCAGAUGUGUUUUCCCUUCAGUAAAUCUGUCUUACAUUAUAUUGUCUCUAAAGCCACUGGUUGGAUAUCCACACUUAUUUAAUACAUAAGUCUAUCUUAUUAAGUCUGGUGAGUUUUCAAUAUAGAUACAAAUUUUAGGUAUCGUACAUUAGAUGCAGAUAUACGUGAAUAUGAAUUCUAUUCUCUAUUAAUUUGAGCCUUAAAGAAAACAUGACUCAUUCAGAAUUGCAGAUAUCUGUGGAUGCUGUGAGGUGAGUUAGUCACAAUGAAGUCAGCAUGUGAGAGAUGAACCCACUUACCUGCCUUCCAUUUCAGUUCACUAGACAUCUGCCCCUGUUGCAAGUCAGUGUUAUUUAUUGUUAUUGAGUUAACGCCUGUUUUAACAAGUAUAUCAAAAUAUCCAUCUGUGUAUGUGUUCCUGUGGGGUGUUUUUUUUUGUGAGAUCAUAUUUGUGUGCUCUGUUCUUUUUUUUUUUCCAGGUUUAAUGAGCUUUUAUCACUAACGUUAUUUAAUUUGUAUUAAUUUGCCACAACUUGUGCAAACGCAGGACAGUUUUACAAUGGCCUCUGGCUGCGGGAGGCCAAUCCUUCAGGUAUAGUUCAAACAUAGGACUUAUAUAUUAUAUAUAUAUUAUAUAUAUUAUAUAUAUUUCAACUUUUGUGGUUCUUAUCCUCACAACUCAUAAAUAUUUAAUUGUCUGAGAGUAUUUAUUUGAGCGCUAUUUAUUACCAUCGUUUGGUUAUUUAAAUUAAAGAAUAUUUAUUACAGCUUGAUGUUGCACUAAAUUUCUCACAUUAUUUGUUCUGUUAUGAAAUGUAUUUAAAGCCUGUUGUUUUUUAUUAGUGAUGUUGUGAGUGCGGUCAUUCAUGCAAACCUGUUGAUGUAACAGUGUCCACUGGAUGUCGCUCAAUAGCAAUUACAGCGCCACAAAUGUGACACUGAAAUGAUGGUGAUGGUGCCUGCACAUUCUGACUGGACACUUACUAUAAUACAAUUACUAACUUCUGUGAAGGACAACAGUGCAGAAAUACUUUGAGUACACAUCCAGCCUCUUGUCUUAACCAGGACAGAGUAUUCAGAUCUCUUACUUAAGUAAAAGUAACAGUACCACAAUUUAAAAACAAAAAUGGAAUACUGAGUUAGAAAAGCUACUGAAGUGAAAGUAUAUUUUUAAAAAAACCUAUCGACGGGAUUUAGUUAAAUCCAGAUGAAAAUUAAGUACAGACUUGAAAAGCUCCUCUAAUUGUACAAGUUUUUCAUUUCACUGCUGUAUCUGGUCAAGGAUUAGUUUAACUAGUUUAUAUACUUUAUGAAGCCGCUGGUAGACUUAGUAUGUGAAAUAUUAUUUGUAAAGCAAAUACAGCUGUCAAAUAAAUUUAGUGAAAUGUACAACA